AUGCUGCCAGGUGUCGUCAGGGUCGGCGAGGCCGGUCAGACCGCUGCCCGAACCUUCUCGCGCGCAGCCGUGAACUCGAGCCGAUACCGCAGUCUCUCGACCGCUCGUCAGAAUGCUGCCUCUCGACCGACUGCCCGUGCAGCGACACCCUCUUUGACCUCGACCCGAUCCCUCAACAGCGCCGUCCCAAGGACAUCCGCCCUCUCUGCCGCCUCCUCACCCACCAGCAACAGGAUCCGCGAGAUCGUCGCCCAGACCAUCAGUAACAUUGGCAGCAAGCGCGAGACAGCAGCCUACCUCCGCGUCUUCACCGUCACCGACCAGCAAUUCGCCGUCAUCAAGGUCGGUGGUGCGAUUCUCCGAGACUACCUCGAUGAGCUAUGCGGUAGCAUCCUCCUGCUCUACGAGCUCGGUCUAUACCCGAUUGUCGUCCACGGCGGCGGUCCGCAGCUGAACUCUCUCCUAGAGGCUGCUGGCGUGGAGCCGCAGUUCGAGGGAGGCAUCCGAGUGACGGAUGUAAAGACUCUGGGUAUCGCGAGAAAGCUCUUCCUGGAGGAGAAUGCGAGGUUUAUUGAGCGUUUAGACUCUCUUGGCGUUGCGACUCGUGCUAUUCAGGGUGCUUUCAGGGCUACUUACCUUGAUAAGGAGAAGUGGCAGUAUGUCGGUAAGAUCACUGAGGUCAGGACACAGGCUAUCGAGAGUAGCAUUAGGGCCGGCUAUGUGCCGAUUCUUACUUCAAUGGCUGAGGGCGAUGACGGUCACCUCCUGAAUGUCAACGCAGACGUUGCGGCUGCUGAGCUUGCUCGUGCUCUCAAGCCUCUCAAGGUCGUCUACCUCUCAGAAAAGGGCGGUCUCUUCAACGGCGAGGACAAGAAGAUCUCUCAGAUCAACCUCGAUGAGGAGCUUGAAACCAUCAGUCGUCAGCCAUUCUUCAAGUUCGGAACACGUCUGAAGAUCCUGGAGAUCCAUGAUCUGCUCAAGGAUCUGCCUCGCAGCUCCAGUGUCGCUAUCAUUCACCCCAGUGAUCUUGAGAAGGAGCUGUUCACCGACUCUGGUGCUGGCACGCUCAUCCGUCUUGGCGACCGCAUCCAGAAGGCCACUUCCAUUUCCGAGUUCAAGGACAUCGAGAAGCUCAAGGCCGCCCUUGUCGGCAGCUCUCAGGGUCUCGACACUGAAGCUUCAGUUGACACAUUCAUCAACUCACUAGAGGAGAAGAAAUUCUCCGCAUACUACGACGACGCCAUGCAAUGCAUUGCCAUCGUCAAGCCCGGUGGCGCGAAGCAGACAAUGGCUGUCCUCACAAGCCUUUCCACCACCAAAUCUGGCUGGCUCAGUGGCAUGAUGGACAACAUCUUCACUGCCAUCAAGCAGGAUUACCCGACUUUGGCCUGGGCGGUCGAUGAGAGGGAUGAGAACCUGGCGUGGUUCUUUGAGAGGUCUGAUGGCAGCUUCCAUAAUGAUGGCAGGGUGCUGUUCUACUAUGGAACUUCGAUGCGCUCGGAUGCUCUGGUUCCUGUUUAUGAGGAUUUCUUAAAGAGUGGACAGGCUACGCCUAGCGAGUAG